AUUUGACAUUGACGUUACCGCCAUAUUGCAUUCUUUCUGUUUUGAUCGACGAGCCGUGCUGACGGAGCGAGCUCGUCAUGGUGAACAACCGAGUGCCCUCUGUCUUUUCAAAGACUUAUGUCACGCCCCGGCGUCCCUUCGAGAAGGCGCGCCUGGACCAGGAGCUGAAGAUCAUCGGCGAGUACGGUCUAAGGAACAAGCGCGAGGUGUGGAGGGUCAAGUACACGCUGGCGCGCAUCCGGAAGGCUGCCCGUGAGCUGCUCACCCUCGAGGAGAAGGACCCCAAGAGGCUGUUUGAAGGCAAUGCCCUCCUCCGGCGUCUGGUCCGCAUCGGAGUGCUGGAUGAGAAGCAGAUGAAGCUGGAUUACGUGCUCGGUCUGAAGAUCGAGGACUUCUUGGAGCGCCGCCUGCAGACUCAGGUGUUCAAGGCUGGUCUCGCCAAGUCCAUCCAUCAUGCCCGCAUCCUAAUCAGACAGAGACACAUCCGCGUCCGCAAGCAGGUGGUGAACAUCCCAUCAUUCAUCGUGCGGCUGGACUCUGGCAAGCACAUCGACUUCUCGCUGAAGUCUCCGUUCGGCGGCGGCCGCCCGGGCCGCGUCAAGAGGAAGAACCUGCGCAAGGGCCAGGCGGGCGGCGCCGCCAACGACGAGGAGGAGGAUUAAACAAUAAAUGACUUCAUUUAACA